GAUUCCUCAGCUGCUCAAAACUCUAUGUAAAGACAAAGCUAUGACAAGAACAUCUGCGUCACUGCUUUUCUUUCUCCCGGUUAUAUGGAGCCAUGCCCCGCAACGGGACUCUCCAGAAAUCAUCAACAUCACCUCUGGAGGCUGGUGUGUGCUCCCCUGCCCCUGCGCCCCCAACUCCACUCUGCUGCGACUCCAGUGGGUCCGCCCCGAUCUGAAACGUGACGGCUACGUAUUUGACCUCCGACCUUUGUUACUGCACCCUUCCUACCGCGGACGCGUUCACCCAAGGGACUCCCAUCUCAAUGGUUGUGAUGUGAUCCUACAAAACAUCACCUCCAACGACACAGGGGUCUAUGAGUGCUGGGCACUGCACAGGGGCACGGGGAGCGCCACUAAGCUAACGUCCCGCCAUGUCAUCCAGCUGAGGGUCAAAGAUCUACCAGGUGGAGACAACCGGGAUCCGAGGGUUGAAGAACAACUCCCCCCGCAAAGAUCGCGCUACGGCCUUAUAUGUUCUAUUGGAUUUCUAACGAUAAUUUGUUUACUAUUCAUCUGCGCAACACAAACGCAACGUUAUCUCGAAGUUACUGCAACAGAUUCUUUACUAUUUAUCUGCACAAGAUGGACGCGACGUUAUCUAGAAGUUUUCUCGAACAUUUUUCAAACAAAGCCCUCUAUCCCCCCCCAUCCCCCUUCCCCUGAAACUACUAUACUAAACUGCUAGAGCAGUCUAGUACAGUAGUUUCAUCCCUUUCAUCCCCCUCCCUUGGUUGCUGCCUUAUCGCGGCGGAGGGGUUUGUGUGCUCAAAGGAUUCUGGGAGCUGUAGUGUCUGGAGCCUAGGGCUCCUACAGGGUUUCCCAUGGCAACGAGGUCCCAGAAGAUGAGCCAGACCAAAAGCAACCGACAGAACUACACAAUUCAACUGAAAAUAUUAAAGAUAUUUUUGUAUGAAA